CUAGUUGCUCCAAAAGAGGGCCAAUGCUCGCCAAUGCUUUAAUACUUUUAUUACUUAAUAAGCACUGAAAAGUUCUUGCCCUAACUUAUUUGCCGUUUAUUUAAGUUUUUAAAAUUUUUAUGCAAAGAUAGCAUGGCGGAUGCAAAUACCGAAAGCACUAAAUCGUAUGUAGGCACUUUAGACGUUGUCUUGUUAGCAUCGUUCGUUGGGGCCUUGGUUUACUGGUUUUGUAGAAAGAAAAAAAGUGAUGUAGCGUUUCCUUCUAAUCGAUUGACUACUGUCCAACCAACUGCCAGAGUUGUACAAGAUGACACCAGUUUUAUUGGGAAAAUGAACAAGUCUGGUAAGACCAUUGCUAUAUUCUAUGGAUCACAAACAGGAACUGCUGAAGAAUUUGCUGGAAGAUUAGCUAAAGAUGCACAGCGCUAUGGACUGAAGGCAGCUGUAUUUGACCCUGAGGAGGUUGAUAUUGAAGAACUGACAAGGUUUGGUGAGAUCACUGAUGGACUUGCAAUAUUUGUAAUGGCAACAUAUGGUGAGGGUGACCCAACAGACAAUGCACAAGAACUCUAUGAAUGGCUGCAAAAUGACCGUGAUGAUCUUGAUUGCCUGAAUUUUGCAGUAUUUGGACUUGGCAACAAGACAUAUGAACACUACAAUUCCAUGGGAAGAUUUGUGGACAAAAAAUUAGAAGAGAUGGGGGCAAAAAGGGUAUUUGAAAGAGGCGAAGGGGAUGAUGAUGGGAACAUUGAAGAAGAUUUUGUCAGGUGGAGAGAAGACUUCUGGCCUGAAGUAUUAAAAUUUUAUAAUAUCAAUGUUCGUGAUAUCAAAAGGAGAUUAUCAUCUUGCAUUGAUCGUCAAUUCAAAGUUGUUUUACAACCAGACAUUUCAGUGGACAAAGUAUUCACUGGUGAAGUUUCACGUCUCAAAUCUUAUCAGAGACAAAGGCCUCCAUUUGAUGCUAAGAAUCCAUACCUUGCACCAAUUCGCAUCAACCGUGAACUCCACAAAGGUGGCGACAGGUCCUGUAUGCAUAUUGAAUUGGAUAUUUCUGGAUCAUCUAUCAAAUAUGACGCUGGUGAUCAUGUUGGUAUUUAUCCCACAAAUGAUCAUGAAUUGGUUGACAAGAUUGGUCAACUACUUGAUACUGACCUUGACACAGUAGUGUCACUGGACAAUGUUGAUGAGGAUGCUAGUAAAAAGCACCCAUUCCCAUGUCCAACAUCUUACCGUACAGCACUACUUCACUAUGUAGACAUCACAAGCACAGUCAAAACUCAUGUGUUGAGAGAACUAGCAGAGUAUGCUAAGGACGAAAAGGAAAAAUCAUUCUUGAUGAACAUCAGUGAUUCCACUGAAGAAGCCAAGCAUCAAUAUAACGAUUGGAUUGUGAAAAGUCAUCGACAUAUCGUUGCUGUAUUAGAAGAUCUUCCUUCUUUACGACCUCCAUUAGGCCAUAUCCUUGAACUUCUCCCACGGUUACACUGUAGAUAUUACUCUAUAUCUUCUUCUUCCAAGCUUCACGCUCAAUCCAUUCAUGUGACUGCAGUGGUUGUUCAUUGGAAAACUAAUACAGGUCGUGAACAAAAGGGCGUGGCAACCACGUGGCUGAAGACCAAGAUACCUCAAGGGGACGACUGUCCACGUGUUCCCAUAUUUGUUCGUAAGACAACCUUCCGUCUACCAUUCAAACCAGUCACUCCUGUUAUCAUGGUGGGGCCUGGUACGGGUCUAGCACCUUUCCGAGGCUUUAUUCAAGAGCGAAGUUAUCAAGUUCAACAAGGCAAGCGUGUUGGUGAAACUGUGCUGUAUUUCGGAUGUCGGAAGAAGGGCGAGGACUACAUUUAUGAAGACGAAUUAGGAGACUUUGUAAAAGAAGGCGCAUUGACUCAACUACACGUUGCGUUCUCUAGAGAUCAAGCUCAGAAAGUGUACGUACAAAACAAGAUGGAGGAAAGUAAGGACGACAUCUGGAAGAUUCUCGAUCAGGGGGGCCACAUAUACGUGUGUGGUGAUGCCCGCAAUAUGGCACGAGAUGUUCAUAAAAUGAUUGAAAGCAUUGCUCAAGAGAUCGGUGGUAUGACGGAGAGUCAAGCUGUUGACUUUGUCAAGAAACUCAGCGCCAAAGGACGGUAUUCUACAGAUGUGUGGAGUUGAAUAAGACUGUUUGAACGGUCGCUGCUGAAUUUUACAAUUAUAUGCAUUUAUAAAUUAGGAUGUAGGAAACUUUUUAAACUUCAAGAUCUGUCAGACCUGGCAGAGGAGUGUAUCAAUUCUCUGCUAGGGUCUGGCAGAUUUGCCAAGGAACUUAUUUUUCGGAUGUAUUUAUACCCUCAGUUUUUCUGCUCUAAGGAAGUUAUGAUGGAGAAAGGUGCCAUUGGAAGUAGAUUUUCGCCCUUGAAUAUAGAAUCGAUUUAACCAAUGCUCCGUAAUAUUUUUUUAAUACAAAUUUAACUGACUUUAUGUGAACAAUCCGCAAACAACCACCUACAGGAACAUCUAUCACAGUUCAUCUUGGCUAUGGUUUUUCAUGAACCAUAUUUUGUUUUAUAUCAUUUGUAUAAAUUACUUCAAAUCGUUCUUUUAAAAUUGCUGUCGGUUGACCCAGCAGCCUACAAAUAAACUGGUGGUAUUUUUUUAAGAAUGCUAUCGUUUGCAAAGCAUUGACCCAAAUCAAAGAUUAAAUAUGAUUUUCAGAUUUUUUUAUUUAUUUAAAUUAUAUCAGUUCUGGAAACCACCAUUGUGGAUGAAAGGAAUAAAUGUAAAAGAUUUUGAUUCUUUUGAGAUUUUGGGAUUGCUUACCGAACACGGAACACCUCUGGCAUUACUAAGUUUCAAAUUAAUUAAUAAAGGUUUAUUGCAAUAUUUUUGCUUUUGGUUUUUAUCUUUUCUUUGGGUCAACGUUUUUAAUUGCACAACAAUUGAUUUUUACUAGUGAAUGACUGGUUCGUACUAGAAAAUUAAUAAAAUUCUAGGAUUUGUCCUUUAAUCAUAAGUAUGCCAUAAGUAUACAAAUUUUAUGUAUGUAAUUAGAUUUAGUAAAAUUGUACAUUAAAUACAUUAUUAUAAUAAAAGAACAACAUCGGUGAU